CAGCCCAUGUCCCCACCAGGAGCUCCACCGGCUGCAGGCCCAGAUCCCGGACACGUCUGUGGUCCUGCAGAGGGGCAACAGCCGAGAUCCACACCUGGAUGGAACCAUCGAGGACAUGAGGGCUCGGCACAGGGACAUCGCCUGCAGGAGCUGGGCACGAGCCCUGGCCCGGCAGGAAAACAAGUUGGAGGAGCUCAGUCGUCACAGGCAGAAACAUGGAGAGCUUGAGAGAGGCGAAAUCCAGGACAGCUGAGCUGGCACAGAUGGUCCAGAGACUGGAGGGAGAAAUCAGGAUCACCAAGGGCCAGAGUGCCGAGCUUGGGGCCGCCGCGGCCAACACGGAGCAGUUUGGGGAAAGCACCGUCAUGGAUGCAAAGGACAAACUCUCCGAGCUGGAAGCGGCUCUGGAAAAGGCCGAGGCUGACCUGGCUCUGCAGCUCUGUGAGUUCCGGGAGCUGAGGAACCUCAAGCUGGCCCUGGCCAUGGAGAUUGUCACCUUCAGCGAGCUGCUGGAGGGCGCAGAGAGCAGACAGGGGACAGGACUCCAGGACUCCUCAGCUGCUUCCGUUCCGUGGGCUGGGAGGGAAAACUCCUGCACAGAGCAGUCCCAGAGCUGUGAAUCCACCAGGCAGUCCUGCACAGCCACUUUCCACUCCCAGCGAGGUCUCUCCUACGUCCCAAAGGUUUGGAAUUUGGAUUUGGAAGUGCCCCAGGAUCAGCACCCAGAAAUUCCCACUGGACCAGCAGGGCUGGGGUUGGAGCAGUGGAAUCUGAGCAGCAGGAGCAGCAGCAGCUCCCACGGGAAGGGUGUCCAGGAAGAACUGUAGCUCAUGGCAGUGCUGGGAACAAAGCCCCACAUUUCCCAUUGCAUGGAGACACAAAAGGGUCUUUUCCAUGCUCAAGAUUUUUGUUAUUUCUUCUGGGGAAUCCAGUA